UCGAAUGUAGAAACUUCUAGUUUAGAUCAAAAGUAAUGCACACGGAGACACCGAGACACACUGUCGAAGCAAAUCAAUGGUUUAGGAGACACAGCGACACGAUGCCAGUGGACACUAGCAAUACUGGCAAUACGGGCAACACUCCCCCCAAUACAACAGCUGGCGCCCUGCGUCCCGUUCUCUUUGUGUUCUACACCCUGGAGAAUGUGUUCAACAUGCUCUGCAUGGCCUAUCACAUCACCGGGUUCAUGGCCGUCGAUCUGGAGAUGUUCGCGUGGGAGAAGCAGAUGAUGCAGUACUGCUACAUGGUCUCCUUCUACGUCUUCAUGGUUCUGACCCUCUUCCAGAGCAUCAGCGUCUGCACGGGCCACACGCCCACCGUCUGCAUGGAGAUAAUCAAGUCCUCGGCCGCGGCCAGCGCCUUCACCCUCAUCUCCAUCACCACCAUGUGGGAUGCCGAGCACGACUUCCAUCUCAUGUUCUCGGGCGAGGAGCCACCCCAGGGGGAGGGCGAGUACCAGGAGGACAAGCCCGUCCAUCCCUUCUUCAGCUUCAUGCGCAGCCAGGCGAUUGCCUCGCUCAGCUGCGGCAUCCUCUACAUGCUGCAUGCCACCUUGAUGAUCGACGUGAAGAUCACCGCGUACUACAACGGCAAGAGCGACGAGGGCGAGUACAUGCCCAUCCCACUGUAUGUCUUUGGUCGCUGGAUCCACGGCAUGCUGGAGAAGUACCAAUGGUUCCUGGAGUUUUGCGACAACAAACAAAUCGAUAUAUAGACGAAACAAACAUACAUACUGCAUACUCAUAUGUGUAAAAUUAACGAAUCAACUCUUUUGGGAAUAAAUCAAUCAAUGAAAUUUCUCA